AUGGAAAGUGGCAAGGUGGAGGGUGUGGCCUUUGACGUUGACCCACCGUCGUCGAUAUCGGACUCAUGGGAGAAACUUGUGAGUCACGAUAAUGAGAAUAACGCGCUGGCAGGAAAGUCGUUCAAGGGUGCGCUCAAUGCGCCGAACAUUGACGUUGGCAAGCGUGGGGAGCUCAUGCCGUAG